CUCUGUGCGUCCUCUGCCAGCCCAGCUGCACUUGUGCCAUCCACUUCCUGUUACAGAAUCCCUGCCGUGGGCCCUCCCCUGUACUGACCAAACCCGGACCAGGUGCUCCCUGCCCAUGCCAGGCACAGGCAGUGACACCAGAUGUGAAAUUACAAACCCAGGUGGAGAUGCUGAAGGGUAGAGCGUGGAUACAGGUGCCACUCUUGCCGGGGCUUCCCUGAGGAAGGCCAGUGAGCCACCUGGGUGCCAGUCCCUAAGGAAGCAGGGUGGCCAUUUGACCUUGACCUCGGCCACCCAUGCAACAAGUAGAAAGGAGGAGGCGGGGUGUCGAAUGAUCCGUCUUUGGACUUUGGGCUGUCGCUUCUCAAAACAGAAGUUUCUUCUAAUAUCUCUACCCAGAUGCACGUGAUGAAAAUCAUUAACUAGGGCUGGCCAGACUUGAUGGCCACCUUUGGGAAUGGACAUGAAGUGCCUGGAGCUUCCCUCCUAAAAGUGCUGCGAGUGGCUGAGAUGCUGUGGUGCAGGGGAGCCCAGGCCCCGCACGGUCUGGUUGGGGCACCCCGAGAAGAGGGACCAGAGAUACCCUCGAAAUGUCAUCAACAAUCAGAAGUACAACUUCUUCACCUUUUUGCCUGGGGUGCUGUUUAACCAGUUCAAAUACUUCUUCAACCUCUACUUCCUGCUUCUCGCCUGCUCCCAGUUCGUCCCCGAAAUGCGACUGGGAGCACUGUACACCUACUGGGUUCCCCUGGGCUUCGUGCUGGCUGUCACCAUCAUCCGAGAGGCGGUGGAGGAGAUCCGAUGCUACGUGCGAGACAAGGAAGUCAACUCGCAGGUCUACAGCCGGCUCACAGCGAGAGGGACAGUGAAGGUGAAGAGCUCCAGCAUCCAAGUUGGAGAUCUUAUCAUUGUGGAGAAGAACCAGCGGGUCCCUGCUGACAUGAUCUUCCUGAGGACAUCAGAAAAAAACGGCUCUUGCUUCCUGCGGACGGACCAGCUGGACGGGGAGACGGACUGGAAACUUCGGCUUCCCGUGGCCUGCACUCAGAGGCUGCCCACCGCUGCUGACCUUCUUCAGAUUCGAUCGUACGUGUAUGCAGAGGAGCCAAACAUCGACAUUCACAACUUUGUGGGGACUUUCACUAGAGAGGACAGCGAUGCCCCGAUCAGCGAGAGCCUGAGCGUAGAGAACGCGCUCUGGGCGGGCACAGUCACCGCAUCAGGUACUAUUGUGGGUGUUGUUCUUUACACGGGCAGAGAACUCCGGAGUGUCAUGAAUACCUCAAAUCCUCGAAGUAAGAUUGGCCUGUUUGACCUGGAAGUGAACUGUCUAACAAAGAUCCUCUUUGGAGCUUUGGUGGUGGUGUCUCUGGUCAUGGUCGCCCUCCAGCACUUCGCCGGACGUUGGUACCUACAAAUCAUCCGCUUCCUCCUUUUGUUUUCCAACAUCAUUCCCAUCAGCCUGCGUGUGAACCUGGACAUGGGCAAGAUCGUGUACAGCUGGGUGAUUCGCAGGGAUUCGAAAAUCCCCGGGACCGUGGUUCGCUCCAGCACGAUUCCCGAGCAGCUGGGGAGGAUUUCCUACCUACUCACAGAUAAGACCGGAACUCUCACCCAGAAUGAGAUGGUUUUCAAACGGCUCCAUCUAGGCACCGUGGCCUAUGGCCUCGACUCAAUGGAUGAAGUACAAAGCCACAUUUUUAGUAUUUACACCCAGCAAUCCCAGGACCCGCCCGCUCAGAAGGGCCCCGCGCUCACCACCAAGGUGCGGCGGACCAUGGGCACCCGCGUGCACGAAGCCGUCAAGGCCAUCGCGCUGUGCCACAACGUCACCCCCGUGUACGAGUCCAGCGGUGUAACCGACCAGGCCGAGGCGGAGAAGCAGUACGAGGACUCCUGCCGCGUGUACCAGGCGUCCAGCCCGGACGAGGUGGCCCUGGUGCAGUGGACCGAAAGUGUGGGCUUAACACUGGUGGGCCGUGACCAGUCUUCCAUGCAGCUGAGGACCCCUGGUGACCAGAUCCUGAACUUCACCAUCUUGCAGAUCUUCCCUUUCACCUACGAAAGCAAACGCAUGGGCAUCAUCGUGAGGGAUGAAUCGACUGGGGAGAUUACGUUUUACAUGAAGGGAGCGGAUGUCGUCAUGGCUGGCAUCGUGCAGUACAACGACUGGCUGGAGGAAGAGUGUGGAAACAUGGCCCGGGAAGGGCUGCGGGUGCUUGUGGUGGCGAAGAAAUCUCUAGCAGAGGAGCAGUAUCAAGACUUUGAGGCCCGCUAUGUCCAGGCCAAGCUGAGUGUGCACGACCGUUCCCUCAAAGUGGCCACAGUGAUCGAGAGCCUGGAGAUGGAGAUGGAGCUGCUGUGCCUGACAGGGGUGGAGGACCAGCUCCAGGCGGACGUGAGGCCCACCCUGGAGACCCUGAGGAACGCCGGCAUCAAGGUUUGGAUGCUGACGGGGGACAAGCUGGAGACAGCUACAUGCACAGCAAAGAAUGCACAUCUGGUGACCAGAAACCAAGACAUCCACGUUUUUCGGCUGGUGACCAACCGCGGCGAGGCCCACCUCGAGCUGAACGCUUUCCGCAGGAAGCACGACUGUGCCCUCGUCAUCUCCGGAGACUCCCUGGAGGUUUGCCUCAAGUACUACGAGUACGAGUUCAUGGAGCUGGCCUGCCAGUGCCCGGCCGUGGUCUGCUGCCGCUGCGCGCCCACCCAGAAGGCCCAGAUCGUACGCCUGCUCCAGGAGCGCACGGGGAAGCUCACGUGUGCAGUAGGUGAUGGAGGCAAUGACGUCAGUAUGAUCCAAGAAUCUGACUGCGGUGUGGGUGUCGAGGGAAAGGAAGGAAAACAGGCUUCGCUGGCUGCGGACUUCUCCAUCACUCAGUUCAAGCACCUUGGCCGGUUACUCAUGGUGCACGGCCGGAAUAGCUACAAGCGCUCGGCCGCCCUCAGCCAGUUUGUGAUCCACAGGAGCCUCUGCAUCAGCACCAUGCAGGCUGUCUUUUCCUCCGUGUUUUACUUUGCCUCCGUUCCUCUCUAUCAAGGAUUCCUCAUCAUUGGGUACUCCACCAUCUAUACCAUGUUUCCUGUGUUUUCUCUGGUCCUGGACAAAGAUGUGAAGUCAGAAGUUGCCAUGCUGUACCCUGAGCUCUACAAGGAUCUCCUCAAGGGACGGCCGUUGUCCUACAAGACAUUCCUGAUAUGGGUUUUGAUCAGCAUCUAUCAAGGAAGCACCAUCAUGUACGGGGCGCUGCUGCUGUUUGAGUCGGAAUUCGUGCACAUUGUGGCGAUUUCCUUCACGUCGCUGAUCCUCACGGAGCUGCUAAUGGUGGCCCUGACCAUCCAGACCUGGCACUGGCUCAUGACAGUGGCCGAGCUGCUCAGCCUGGCCUGCUACAUCGCCUCCCUGGUGUUCCUCCACGAAUUUAUCGACGUGUACUUCAUUGCCACAUUGUCCUUCUUGUGGAAAGUGUCUGUCAUCACUCUGGUCAGCUGUCUGCCCCUCUAUGUCCUCAAGUACCUGCGAAGGCGGUUCUCCCCUCCCAGCUACUCGAAGCUCACGUCCUAGGCCGUGCACUCGGGAGAGGACCCCGGUCUCCGCACUCUCCUGGCGGACAGAGUUCAAGUUGCAUUUCUAUUAACCACCACCCGUGGAUUGUGCAGUGGUGGCUCCCCCGUGCAGUUCUGAUAUGAAGAGGCGCUGCGCUUCCACGGAGCCCGACACCGAAUAAACAGGAGGAUGGCGCCUAAGAGGGCCCCACACGGGGGUCUGAGCCCCUGGUGAUUCACAGUCGAGUGAAUGUGACUAUGUGAAAACCGGUGACUCAGCCGAGAGAUGUAUUCAUGGGUCACUGUGCAGGCUUCCUUAUGACUUGAGUUUUGUUGUCAUGAUAAAAGUUUCUGUCUAG